AUGAAGUUGCCUGUCAGAAUUGCCCUGUUGAUUCUGCUCCUCCUGGGGCUAAUCUGGGCGAAGAAUACCCCCAGCAACACGCGCACGAGGGACAAGUACAGAAAUAAAUUCCGUAAAAACCACAAGAUACCCACCUUGAGUGACGACUUGGAUCGAAAUUUUUUGCAAAUGAAGUCUGCGCACAUUUACAACCCUUCCUUAGCAUACAGAGACCUAUUCGACAACAACUCAAUGGGAACGUCUACCAUUUACUACAACCGCCUGAUGUGGGGAGCCGUUAUCUUCCUGUUCAUGUUUAUACUAGUGAGCAGCAUAGGGGUAUUUCUCUACGUAAAUAAUUUGGAAAACAACCCACCGAAGAAGAAGCACAUGAAGAACGCCACAAACUACUAUGUGGUCAACCCAACCGUGCCCUACGUUUAG